CUCAAAGGCGAUAUAUUUCACGCUAGGUUACAACCUCAAAGCAAAAGAGACAUCGAGGCUCCGCCCACCACUCUCAUGCUGAGGGUGCACGAAAAAGGCUUGCGACAAUGUGAGACGACACCGAAUGUGCAGCUUUCAUGAAUCUGAUUUCAAACAGCGCUGUGAAACCGGACCACUGCCCGCACAGCUCGGUUAACGGAGGAAAAAACGGACACUAGCCUGCCUUCUAAAACAAUGAAGACAAACAUAUUUCCUAGGCCCUCCUGUUGUCCUCUCUGCUGUGUCCUGGCUUCUGACUGCUGAUUGGAGCUGGCCUGGUGUGCGUAUAGGUGUGUGAGAGAUUGUAAGGAGAUGAAGUCCAGUAUGCGUCAGUGGCGGAGGCUGCUGUUGGUGGGCAUGUUGGCGUGGGCCCUCCUCUUCCUGGCUCUGCUCUCCUACUUCCUGGAUACCCCUGUGUACAACGAGCCCCUGACCUCCGCCAGCUCCUCGCUCUCCCAGCACCCCGACACACGGCGCCUGGCCUCCAUCCAAGGCGCCUCCCACCAGCAGCACCGCUCCAUCAUGGGCUCCCAGCCCGAACCCACCUACAACACCUUUACCACAGAAUAUCCCGACCAAGACCCUAACCAUUACCCAGACUCCGAGCCUAGCUCCUCCUCCACCACCCCUGAGCCUGGCCUGGAGCUGAGCUACGGGACCAGCCAAGAGACGGAGGGGGGCAGCCGCCAGCAGCAGGAUUACCUGGACGCCCAGACCCUGGCUGCCUGGUCCUCCUCUAGCACGGAGAACGUGGGUUCCCACUCCGACCUAACAGUAACUCGAAACAGUGAGAGACCUGCCUGGACCGCCUCCGCCGGCCGGGGGCCCAACCGAACCACACGCAGGUCCUCACGUGAGGAUGAGGAGGGGUUAGAGACGAACAAAAGCCACAAGAGGUGGAUCAUGGUGGGGGAUCAUGGGGGGGAGAGGCGAGGAAAAGAAGAGGAUGGUUUAGAGGAGGACUACUCCUCCAAGUCUGCCUCACUGGUGCAGCGACUCUGGCGGGGAAAAGUGUCCUCUGGGAUGCUGUCCCCGCGACUGCAGCGCGCCAAGCGGGACUACCUGAGUGCCAACAAGCACCACGUAUCCUAUAAAGGAGGCCGGCGAGCUGCUCAGAGCUCCAGGGAACUACUGUGUGAGCUGAAGGACCAGGCCCGGCUGAGGACGCUGGACGGGUCUGAGCAGCCUUUCUCUUCACUGGGCUGGGCCCACUUGGUACCGCGCUUGACCCUGGAGCAGCUCUACAGACAAGGGGGCCAGAGAGGCUUUAGGAGCUGUGCUGUGGUGACCUCUGCUGGGGCUAUUUUGCACUCAGGCCUGGGGAAGGAGAUCGAUUCCCAUGAUGCAGUUCUGCGGUUCAACACAGCACCUACAGAGGGCUAUGAGAGGGACGUGGGGAACAAGACCACCAUCCGCAUCAUUAACUCGCAGAUCCUGGCCAAUCCUGAUCACCGCUUCAACACCAGCUCCCUGUAUAAGAACGUGACUCUGGUGGCCUGGGACCCUGCUCCGUAUGCUGUCAACCUGCACAAGUGGUAUGCCAGUCCAGACUAUAACCUGUUCAGUCCGUACGUGGAGCACCGGAGGCUCCACCCCACCCAGCCCUUCUACGUCCUACACCCCAAAUAUGUGUGGCAUCUCUGGGAUGUGAUCCAGGGCAACACCCAGGAGACCAUCCAGCCCAACCCACCCUCCUCUGGGUUUAUAGGUAUCCUCCUGAUGAUGGCGCUGUGCGAAGAGGUCCAUGUGUAUGAGUACAUCCCCUCGCUGCGGCAGACAGACCUGUGCCACUACCACGAGCGCUACUACGACGCUGCAUGCACCCUGGGGGCGUACCACCCGCUGCUCUAUGAGAAGAGUCUGGUGCAGCGCAUCAACACAGGCCCUGUGAGAGACCUGAAGAGGAAGGGCCGUGUCACCCUCCCCGGCUUCAACACCGUCAACUGUGAACUCUGAACUAGGAAGCCACACAUGGAACCACCAUGACUCCACGCGUCUAAGGGAAAACGGUGCAAUAAGAACCCUCUGGACUCUGACCUUAGGGGGAAUCCAGAGGCAACCAUGUAGAACCACGUAGAGCAGUGGAGAACCUAAGCCAUAGCCCCUCUGUGUGGGAUGGGAUCAAACUGAAGGGUACAGCUCUAGUCUAAGUACAUAAAUCAGGAUUUAUCAACAGAACCCACAUCGGUCAAAACCUUGCCUUCCUCAGAGGCAGGGUUGGGUAGGUUACUUUCUAAAUGUAAUCAACUACAGUUACUAGUUACCUGUCCAAAAUUGUAAUCGGUAAUGUAAUUUUUGGAUUACCCAAACUCCGUAACCUAAUCUGAUUACGCUCAGUUACUUUUGGAUUACGUAGAAGAAGACAAAAAGAUUCAUCAAAUGCAUUUGGUGUGUCAUCAUAGUGGUCUCUGAUUGGUGGUCAUCAUUUGGUGUGUCAUCAUAGUGGUCUCUGACUUGUGGUCAGACUCGCUCAGGUGGAACAAACUUAACCUUGCCCCUUUUUUUCAAUGCUUAAUUGAAUGUCACUGAGAAAACAGAAAGGUGUCAUAAUGUAUUUUUUCGCAAACAUCCUUUCUAAUUUUAAAAGUAAUCCAAAAAGUAUCUGCAAUCUGAUGAUAGUAUUUUUGCUGGUAACGUAACUGAUUACAGUUACCAGUUGUUGUAAUCAGAUUACAUUCAAUCAGCUACUUUUCAACCCUCUUCAGAGGGUUAACAAGCCCAAGACAUGCCCAAUAUGACCACCUCUAUCUCUGCCAUUGCUGAGCCGGAAGAGAGAAGAGCUGUCUAGGGUAGCAAUAGAAAAGUGUUUUUAGAUAGAGAAACGUUUUUGAUAUAUUUGGAUGUUUUUUGCUGUUGUGAAGCGUUGUUUCUCCAGAGCUCUGGUUGCUCUUCUUUCUUAAAAGGACAGUCCACAGUUUUUUUAAUGGUGGGUGUUUGUGUUUUUUAAUGGUGGGUUAUGACUCUCAUGGGGUGGUAAAUUAAUGUUUAAGAAAAUGAGCAGUGGUCCGCACUGAAUGUCUCACACACGUCCAUAUCGAACACACACUUUUGAAAAGGUACAAACUCUGCGUCCACCAGCCACACUCCCGACAACAUGUAACACACCUGAAGUUGUAAUGGAAAUGUACCUCAAAGUCUACACAUACACAACACACACCUGUACAUACAGGCACACUGGAACUACACCAAACCCUUUUCGCCUUCUAAGUAUUAUCAACCAAGAUGGAGGUACAUUGUUUUUGAUCUACAACUGUCACAUUUUGCUGUAUUUGACAUUCCUUAAAUGUUAUUUUCUAUUCUUAUUUGUUGUUGUCAAUGAUUUUGAGUGUUGUUUGCUGCUACUGCGCUUUAUGUUACUCUCCUGUCCAAUCACCAAGCUUGACCCCACCGGACCAGUUGCCAAUAAACAGAUUGUCACACUCCCCACUUAGCACUUUAAGACUGGCUAAUGACAGGCUGCCACUUCAAAGGCAUGUCUGGUGGGUAGUUGGGUACCAAACCCUGGAAAAAAACAUUGGAUGCCCAUUCUUAGGUUUAAUCCAGUACACCAAAUUAUGAGAGGCUGGGGGUAAGAGAAGGGACUCACAAAAUGUUCUCAAAACAGCUAUAACCCUGUGCCUAGUGGCCAAAAGAACACUGGGUUGCCUUUCAAAACACCCUCAGACUGAUUAUUCACAUAUGCCAUCCAUUUAACUGCAGUGUCAUUGUUGAACUUGUUGUUGCAUAUUUCAUUGUUUAAUAGCUGAGAUUUAAAGAAGCCUGCUAAUCAGCCCAUAGCUCAAACCGUCCUGUGUUCUGUUAGUGGCGAGUAGGAGAUCACUAGUCAAACUCCCAUACUGUCCAGUGUCCACCCCAUGCCAAAAGGCAAUCUGGCGUCUCUUUAAAAGCAGCUGUAGCUACUGCGCUGAUUGACCUGUCACUUUGAAUGUAAUCAAACCUCUCCUUAGGGCACUUCUCUCUACGAGCACUACUCUGACUGUGUGCCAUUUGAUGGAGUCAAGAGAAUGAGGGUUUCAGUCUGCAGGGUUCAGUAGCUAGACUGCCUCCCAGGCAUACAGCAGAGCGUAGUCUAGUUCUACCUUGAGACUAUCGUUCAUUAUGUCUUUACCGUUGUCAUUUUGACUCAAUACUCCAAUAUUGGUCUGAAAUGACUAUUUUGCCUGAGCUUGCAGUAGCCUGCCCUGGUGCACUGCCGGGGGACAUUUCUUAUCGUGGCAGGGAUUUCAAGCAGUAAUAUCUCCAGACUCACUUUGUGUUUUAAUGGCUUUGUUAUUUACCCUGACUCUGUGCCAGACUUGCCUACAGUAUAUUUCAGCUAGCGUGCGCGUGUGUGUGUGUGUGUGUGUGUGUAAGGAAAGGAAAGGAAAGGAAAGGAAAGGAAAGCAAAGGAAAGGAAAGGAAAGGAAAGGAGAUGGGGGAUUUCUCAGAGACCUAGUCUAAUAGUAUGUUCUGUAGGAUCAAUAUCUGGCCAUGCUGGAAUGGACAAUGGAGGCUCAGUUGUUUCCAACCACAAAUCCGCUUACAACUACUAAGCCUCACCUUUAUCCCCAGCUGACCCAAUGAAAACAAACAGAUCAUGUACUUGUCCAUCUAACCUAUUUGUCACUGUAGUUCUCUCUGUAGCGGCCAGCUAGUGACCAUUCCCUGGCCAGGGGAAACAUGGAAGGGGUUGAUAUUGGCAGUCAGUGACAUGCAAAUAAGAGAUGUGUGUUAGCGUUUGUUAUUCUGUAUCGUGUUGCUAUGCCCUUGCUCCAGGAACCAUGCUUAACCAGGGUUGCAUAAAGGAAUUGAUUCAGUUCUACACAUGGCAAACAAACGCUGCUUGGGAUAAACCGAGGCAACUGUUGUUGUAUUCAGGUGAUAGAAGAGAGACCGAACAGGAAUACCAUUAGUUAGAGCUGUUUUAAAUCUGUGAUGUGAAGGCUGUGUCGGUAUGAGGGGAACUCUGAUGGCUCUUUGCAAUUUUUUGAAUUUCUUGUAGUAUUGUACGUUCUUAUUACAUUGAAUGUUGUACAUUUUUUUUAUAAAUUGUGUUCAUGCAGGGCUCCCUUGGAUAGAGACCUUUGUAUUCAAUGGAACUCCCUGUAGAAAUAAAGGUUAAAUAAAAAUAAAUAAAGCCUUGGCAGUAGUUCGGGGAGCUAACGCAAGUUCAGGUCUCAGGCAAGGUUACUCAGCACGCAAGCGUGGUUCCGAAUAACUGUUACACUGGCACCCCAGGCAAGCAAAAUAUCACACCUGAUGGAAAGAAAAUAUUGGCUUUGAGUAGCCAGACACACCGCUGUGUCGUAUGAUCGCCUAGGGCCAACCUCUCACUGAGAGAUCUAACUGAGUGAAACAAGGCUGGAAGAGUCUCUUACACACAGUAUAUCAGAAGUAUCAUCUCUGACUCAUCUCCAUGCGUUGUUUAUUAUUGAUGUUUACAAAUCAUCAACUGUAACUAUGGUUACAAGGGGAGGGUGCAUUACUGGAAUAUUUUGAAGUUUUCCAGUAAAAUACCAGAAUUUGGUAUCUUAAAAAUAUUUUAUGUACUCUUUCACAAUAUAUCUAGUGGCUAAUUUGGGUACUUCAGAAAAUCAUGGGUGUCUGUAAUUAUCUCUGGCCCUCUGUGUGGCCUUAUCACAUGUAAAAUAUCUAAAAUAAUGAAAUAAGAUAUUUUUCAAAAUGAUGACAGCUGUAAAACAUGAUCCUAAUUAUAAACCAUCAACUUGGUGAAUACCACUGGUGUUUUAAUGAGGCUUUUAGCAUGAAGUUUCCUUUUUCGUUUUUUACACGUAUUUGUUCAUGUUUUGGUGUCAAACUGGUGGCAGUUGUGUAAAAAGUCAAUAAAUGGAAGAGUUGCAGUUAAUUGAAGAACUCCCAUGUUGCUUAGAUGCUUUUUUUCAUGAAUUGGGCUAUUUUCUCUUGAACCAUCUGGUCUAUCUACUAGAACCUCGUGGAUGAUAUAGACACAGAUAUAAUAAAUGAAUGCUAUAUAUGAAUACAUUUUUACAUGGUAUAAACUACCAAAGUUACGAUUGCCAUAUUUUCUGUUAAUUACCAAAAUGACUAAAGAUCCAGUAAGUUUGGUAAAUUACCGGUAGCAUUGCAACCCUAACUAAUUGUAACUGUUACGCUUGUGAUUGUGACACAGUGAUGGUGCAAAAAAAUAUGAAAUUCAUUUGUAAUAACUUUGUUUAUAUUCCAAUGGACAGAGCAUGCAAGUCUAACCGGAGCAGGGCUAUGAGGUUUAAAUUCUCCAUGUAUACUGUACUUUACUGUUCUGUAAUUGACUGUACUUAACUGUAAUUUAGUCUUUAGAGCUCCAAGUAAAAAAAAAAAAAAAGACCAUGCUGGAAAAAUGUCCAAUAUUUCUACUGUAUAUUGUGUGCGUAGGGAAAUUCCAUGCAGCUGGAAACGAGAGCAGCUAUUAUUAGCAUCUUCAUAUGUUCUGUAGAAGCACUCCUUGAUCAAAUGCAAUGCCUUUGGCAACGGUAGUGGAAUCUUGAUACUGUUCCCAAUGAUUUAUUUAUUUAACGUUUACUUGCUGAUGCAGGUAGGUGGUUGGGUGGAAGGGGGCUAUGUUUGUUUUCUAGCAGGUGUUUAGGGGGAUAAAGACAACCAACAUCUCUGUAUGGACGGACUGGCAUGCCAGACAUCUCUGUAUGGACUGGCAUGCCAGACAUCUCUGUAUGGACUGGCAUGCCAGACAUCUCUGUAUGGACUGGCAUGCCAGACAUCUCUGUAUGGACUGGCAUGCCAGACAUCUCUGUAUGGACUGGCAUGCCAGACAUCUCUGUAUGGACUGGCAUGCCAGACAACAAAGAGAAAGAGUUUGUUUUGGAGGUCAUUGCUUAACUUGAUUCCUCCUCCACAGUAUGUUUUUUGAUAUCUCUCUCACUCGCAUCCUUUUCUGUAGGGUGGAGAUUCACAGCGCCACAACACUGCCUUUAAAAUGGAAACAUUUCACGUUUUUUAAGUUGGACGACUUGUAAGUUGUCUUCUGAGAUUUCCAAGAGGGCUUUGAGCAAAGGCUGAGAGGAGAGGGAGAGAGAGAGUGUGGGAUUCAUCAUGACCAAAGUGUUAUAGAAAAGCACAUUUCAUUUUCAGCCUGUUGUUAUGACUAAAACGUUCCUUUUGAUUUGUCAUUACAGGUUUUUUUACACAAAGGUAUUUAAGUUGACUGUUGGUAUAAAAUUCAAUUGUUGUUAAUUCAUUGUUAUUUUUUACCAUGUAAAUAAAGACAUUUUACAUGUA